AUGGGCACUACGAGUCCUUUGGCUCUGACUUGUGUGAUUAUAAUAACUCUGGAGGCCAUCAUUGGAAUCACCAUAACUGCCUUUAUUAUAGUUUUAAUUUGUUUCUGGUAUUUUCGAGGGCAGAGCAUAAGUCCCAGCAAUAAGAUCGUCAUGGCCUUGAGUAUCUCCAAUAUAAUAUUCACGGUUAUUUCUUUCACCAACAUUUUAAUCUUGUGUUUCAGGCCCAUGGCUUUCCUAAAUACUAGCAACACUCCUUCAAUCUUUUCUCUCAGCAUGUUCUGCAUCACAUCCUCCUCCUGGCUGACGGCCUGCCUCUGCUUCUUCUACUUUAUGAAGAUCAAAAACUUUAGUUCCCAGUUUUUAUCUCGGCUGAAGAUGAAUAUUAGCACUGCCGUUCCAUGGAUGAUCUUGGUGGCCGAGCUGGUGUCUCUUUUCACUGCUGCCAUGAACAUGCUGCAAUUUGGCCAAAGUGAAGGCUACCCUUCCACGAACACCUCACUUCUUCUUUCAGCCAAUAUGAAAUCAUCAUCUGGAACAUUUCCAGGCAACUUGUACAUCUCAUUCUUGGGCAGUUUCCUUCCAUUCCUGAUCAGUGUGGGAACUAUAAGCUCCACUGUCUGGUCAUUGAAACUGCACAGCCGAAGGAUGGAGCUCAACAAGGGGACAACAUCUGGCAGCAGAAACAUCAACGCUUAUGAAGGCCCCAUUCGUAUCAUGAUCCACCUUCUCUUUUUUUAUGGAAUGUUCUAUACAAUUUUGUUCCUUUUUUAUUUCAACAUUUUUCUCAGUUAUAGUCUUGGGUUCUGGGUAUUUCUGAUAAUAAUGGGGUCAUACGGUUUGAACCAAUCGAUUCUGCUCAUCUUUGCAAACCCAAAGCUGAAGGAAGUCCUGAUGAACAUGCUUCACUGUAGAAACGCCUCAGCGCAGGAAGCGGACGAUUUAUAG